AUGGGGAGUUGUUUCACCAUGAGGGAUCGACUGAGCCACCUCCAGGAGAUCCAGUCCAAUGGGCAGAUGGAGAUGGAGCAGAUGGAAUAUGCCGAAUCGGUUACUUCAGACGCCUUCAGCAACGUGGACCUGGAGGAGGAGCUACCUCACGAGGCCAUAAUCUUCGACAACAGUCCUGCCUUGGGCGAGGUCUUCUCCCAAUCGCAAGACAUCCACAGGGAGAUCCAGCUCAUUCGCUUGGAAGUGAAGCGACUUCGGGAGCAAAAUUCACGAAUCCUGCAGGGCACCUCCACAAUGAGCAUGAUCAAAAGAGACUCCAACGCCAUAGGGGCCGACAUCAAAUCCAAAGCUGAGAACGUACUAUCCCGUCUACAAGCUAUGGACGGAACAGCGCACAAGUUGGAAGAACAACAUGGAGCGAACUCGGCAGUCACCAGAAUCGCAAGAACGCAGUACGCUUGUCUCAGCAAUGGCUUCCGUGAUGCCAUGUUCGACUACAACGAAGCCGAAAUGAGCCACAGGGAGAACUGUAAAGCCCAAAUUCAAAGGCAGAUGGAGAUAGUGGGGCGCGAGGUGACGGGAGACCAGGUGGAGGAGAUGAUUGAGACCGGACAGUGGAACAUCUUCGCCGAUAAUGUUUUGAGUGAGGGCAAAACAGCCCGGUCUGCUCUGUCCCAAAUCGAGAAACGUCACCAGGAGUUGGUGGAUUUAGAGAACCGAAUUCAAAGCAUACAUGAGAUUUUUCUAGACAUUGCCUUGUUGGUGGAAGAGCAAGGGCCUAUGAUCACCUCCAUUCAAACUAAUGUGCAGAAAACUGACGAGGACAUUCAAGUGGCAAUAGUGAAGCUGGGGCGUGCCAAGAAACAUGACAAGGACAAUCCUUUUAAAAAGAUGUUCUGCAGCUGCUUUCCAUGCUAUAAGUCAUAA